AUGGUUAUGCCCUUUGGUUUGCCCAGGCCCCUCGAUGCCAUCGGAACAGUCGCUGCAAUAGGUACAGGGAUUGUGUCGACGACGGUUCACGAUGCCGUCGAUGCCGUCGAGACAGUCGCUGCAAUAGGUACGGGAAUUGUGGCGACAACGGUUCACGAUGCUGUCGACCUUGGUGCCCGGCUCGCGACACUCCCUUACAUGGGUAGGAGGAAUCUUCCAACGACGUAUCACGACGCUCUCGAAUAUUCCGUCGAGGGCUAUAAGCAGAUGCGGUACCUGCUCGAUUGGUUCUUCGACAUCGCCGAGUUCCAGCCAUCGUCUGGCCCUGUGAACGCGGUCGGCGACUUGGUCACCACCGCUGUCAACGAGGCCAAUCUCGCUAUCAAGCGGGUCCGCUACAAUUGGGCCCACAAUGGCGACUUUCCUCCUCACCUGCUCAUCGUCCCUGUCGGGCAAUUUGCGCACGAUUCAAUCCACCUCUUCAAAUUCACGAGGCUGUUUGAUACUAUCAAGGCCCUCUUCCCUUUCAUCCCUGAUUUCGAUUUCUUCAAAUCCAUGGCCCCGCCUUCAUUCGCGAGCGUGCAGUACCUCUUCACUCGCAACAAGCUCCUCCACUAUAGCCCAUCCAAGCCGCUUGGCGGAAACAUGUACACCGCCGAGAAUGUCGGUCUCCGCGAGGAUUGGUUUACGGACGCGGUCUUCGCCCAGCAGCAAUUCACCGGCGUCAAUCCCUGCACCAUCACUGCGGCCUCCCAGUCAUGGAUUCAAGCGUUCACCCAAGCAGCCAGAGACCAAGGGAACCGUUCUGCCGCCAAGCUCUUCACCAGCUCAACGAACAAGUUCUACGUUCAAGACUGCAGCUACUUUAGGGAAGCGGCGGGUAUGACUCCAACUGAGGCCAUAUAUUCGAACGACAAGAGCUCGCACCGCUACGGCUGUGCGUCGGUCUCCCUCUUCCACCUCUUGCCGACGGGCAAGCUGCAUCCGAUCGCCAUCAUCCUUGACUGGAAGGGGAGUAUCGACCCGAACGUCAGCGUCACGAUCUUCAACCGGCGCCUCAGCCCCAGCCUAAUCCCUGCAGUGUCGUUGCUGGAGGAAGCGAGCGAUUGGCCGUGGCGUUAUGCUAAGAUGUGCGCGCAGGCCUCUGACUGGGUGCGCCAUGAGGUUGGGGUCCACCUUACGCUCACACAUCUCGUCGAGGAGGCCAUUAUCGUCGCAGCCCAGCGUAGCCUUCCCGACAGCCAUAUCGUGCACACGCUGCUCAGUCCUCAUUGGCUCAGGACCCUCUCCCUCAACUCCAUGGCGCGUAUGAUUUUAGUUCCAGAUAUGAUCGCCGCGCUCGCGCCUUUCAAGUUAACAGAAAUCAAGGCGCUGUGCAACUACACGUACCACUCGUUCGACUUCGCGGGCCACUACAUCCCUGAGGACCUCAAAAAUCGCGGGUUCGACGUUGCCCACUUUGACAACCCCUUCGGCCAGUUCCACAACUACGCCUACGCGCGGGACAUGGCGAAAAUGUGGGACGUAAUGCACAAGUUCGUUGGCUCCGCUCUUAGCGCGCACUACAAGGGUAGCGACGCGGAGGUCAGGGCGGACAAGUACGUUGCGGACUUCUGCGCAGAGAUGCAGUCCUCCGUCGGGGGGCAGAUGCCGCAGUUCCCCACCGUGAAGACCCUCGCGGACCUCGUUGACGUCGUGACCAUGUGCAUCCACAUCGCGGCGCCGCAGCACACCUCCAUCAACUACCUUCAGCAGUACUACCUGACCUACGUCCCGAGCAGGCCUUCCGCGCUCUUCGCGCCGCCGCCCACUUCUCUUAGGGAGUUGACGGCGUACAAGGAAGCGGACGUCCUGAAGGCCCUUCCUCUCCAGUCGCGCAACACUUGGCUUCUGAUGGCACAGGUCCCGUACCUGCUUUCAGCCGAGGUCGAGCCAGAGAACAAUAUUGUGUCAUAUGCGAAGAACGCUUCGAAGAGCUGGAACCCGGCCAUCAGCCAGGCGGCUAAGGUAUUGCAGGAGGAUGUCAAGGCUCUCGAGGAGUCGUUCAAGGCAAUCAGCGCUCAGAUGGACGACCAGGGAACCAAGUACGCCGUUCUGGAUCCCAACGUCAUGGCGACUUCUAUCCUCAUCUAG